AUGAACAGUUUGAGCGAAUCCUACGACCCUACGCGUCAAUUGCCGCAUUUAGAAGUUAAGAAGGAAGCGGCGCAGCUGAAUGCCAAUGCCGACAUGACAACGCCAAGAAUGGACAACAAAAGCGCCGGCCCGCUGCGUGUGCCUGGCUUCACAGACCUUCCUCUGGAUAAGGAGCUCCCCAUCUCACACCGCUUUGCGCACGGCUUCAAGGAGUGGAAGCAAGUGCCCGCAAUCACCCAGCGCGAGUUCGCUAUGGUCGCUGUGAUGAACAAGGUGACCGACAAGCCGGGUUGGCAUGUUGACAUCUUCAGCCAGGAUGUGGUGGAUCGCUGGCGCAAUGAAUUUCUUUCCUCGACACCCCUUAUGAGCGAGCUGCGCGACAAGGCAGCUUACUUCAACGAGAAGCGUCACUUUCGCGUGCCGGACACUGGCUCGUGCGUUUACAAGUCGGAUGCACUGGCGAGCCCUGAGCUCUAUACCAACUUUCAGUUAGGAGUGCAGUCCGUGCUUGCGCAGCGUAAAGAAGUCGGAAGCGACGGUGUCGCUACAUAUGCCAACUCGCUACUAUAUCCGCUGGUUUGGGGGAAAAGCCGGAUUCUGGCUCACGGGGGCCAGGUCACACGCCAAGGCGAUAUCGCGAGCAGUCCGGAUUAUACAGUAGAGACGGCACUACGGUACGGCGACAAAAGAACCCGUUCAGAUACGGUGCAAGAGCGUAUGGAUACCGAGAUACCUCAGCCCUGGCGAUAUAUUUUUACAGAUGAGGAUAUCGGAAACCUCAGCGUGUACCUCUUGUCCUACAAAUACUAG